CGACAAUCUCUUUCUUUCCCACUCUAAUUACACACUACACACGCGCUUGGAUUUCCGCCAUUUUGACACAAGAAUGCUGGGUAUGAACAAGAUGGCGAGAAGUUGAAAGGCCGUUUGAGGAGACUGGCGGCGGCUGUUUCCCCGAUGACUAGACACAUUUCAGAAGCGCUGCUGGUGGGUCAAGUCGAAACCACAACCGAAUAAGAGCACCAGGGGCUUUUUUUCUCUUGGGGGGGUGGGGAAGAUUUAGACUAACACCAACAAGCUUCCGCGAUAAUCUGGAGCAAAAGUUUGAUGCCAAGAACAAGGGAGAGCCAGCAGGAGGAGCAGCAGUUUCCAUGACAACUUGAUGGUCGCGGCCGUGGCCUUAUACACACGCACGCUCGACCGUCGGGGGUGACUGCCAGAAGGUAAUCCCUACCCAGCCAAAGCUUUCAACGAACAACCUUAUCCCGACGUGCAUGAUCUAUUUUCGUCCACGGUUUGUUGGAUCCCAAGGUGGCUGCGUCGAUCCAUGCUAAUUACCUGCUUACUGCAGAUGAGCAUUGUUCACAUUCUUUUGACAUGAUUGCGAUGGAGUCUAUGAAAUCCAGUCGGCGUAAGCAGACGAAGCCAAUACGGGUACCGUUCGGGGUGGACCCGGACACAGGGGCCUUGGACGCCACCAUCAACAGCCAGGCCACUCCUCUUCCCCCUUCUCCUCAUCAUACGUCAGAGGAAGAUCCCCGUCAGAACGGCCGGGACGGACAGGAGGGGAUGCUCAUGGAGGAGGACGCCGACGUGCCCCUGGACAUGCACGUGUCCAUCAUCGCCUGCAAGAUGUGCCCGGAGACCUUCCCCUGCAGCGAUGACCUGCGGGAACACAUGGAUCUCUCCCACGGCGCCGCCCUGAAAAAGCCGAGGCUUCACGAGUCGGAUUUCCGACUGCCUAUCACCGGCUAGGAAACGAGCUGUUUCAAGAGAAUGCUUUUCCUUCCUAACGGACACCCCGAACCGCAGACCGAGGUGCUGUCGCUCACCAAGCCCAAGCCAAGUAUAGAGCGUAUAGAGCCUAAAGAACAAAGUUUUAAAGAUCAGAAUGGCGACAGCUCCAGGAAGGUAGACGGUGGAAAGAUUUUCCAUCCAGACGCUUACUGCGAGCUGUGCGAGGAGUUUUGUAACAAAUAUUUUUUAAAGACUCACAAAGCCAACAAGCAUGGCAUCUUUGACAGAACGUCUCCUCCACCAUUCAGUGGCAGCAGCUCCACACCGCCUUCAGGGAUGCCCUUGCUUCCGGAUGCGCCUGUUCCGUUUGAAGUCAAUCUUCCCGCAUCGCCGCCUCAAAAAGCUGAGCUGAGUACACCACCGUGGCAACAACAACAACAACAGCCACAGCAACAACAGAUGCCUAAGAAAGACACUCCAAACAGACCCGAUCAUCAGCUGCCCUCGCCAAGCUCCAAAAAGUCUGAAGCCGAAGCAGCAGCUGAGAAGAAGGUGACGAGUUUGAUCUCGGCCGUUAUGAACAGUAUUCCUAGCAGCCAGUCGGCUCCAGGGUCCGACAGCAGCAAGUCUUCCGGCACUUCAGGCAGCGGCAACACCAGCACCAGUAAGGACCCCAGCAUGGAAGACUAUUGCGAGAUCUGUCAGAAGCACUUCUGCAACAAGUAUUACCUCAAGAAGCACAAGCAGGACGUGCACGGGAUCAUCCCGGAGACUGGUCCCACGACGACCAAGCGCAGCCGGGCAAGCUCUAGUCUGCUCGACUUGCCAGUCGUCUCUUCCGUCGGCAUGGGAUCCCCCAUGAUGCUUCCUCAGCCCAUGGUCAGCAUGGGAGGGAUGCCAGCGCUGCCCCCUGGCGUCAUGGUGCUGAACCCUUUCCUACAGCAGAUGACCAUCAUACCCACGGGCAACCCCCAGCCGCUGUUGCACGGGCACCAGCUACACCCUCCCCCUCAUCCUUCACUUCCCCAGCCCCUCCCCAUGCCCGGCUCCCUCCCAGGUCCCAGCCCCACCCCGCCCACUUCCAGCAGCAGCAGCGGCGGCAGCCAGAUGCAGUCGCAGUCGUCUCCCUUGGGAGUGCUUAAUCCUGACGCUUACUGCAGUCUCUGCCGUAAGGAAUUCUGUAAUAAAUACUUUCUGAAGAUUCACAACGCAAACAAGCACGGCUGUUCCUUCGACGAUCUGCCUCCGGAGGCUCAUCUGCUGGGAGACAUGGUGGAGAACCGGGGCUUCGUCGUGUCGGGACCUCCGCAGUCCCCCAAAGAAAAGCAUGAUAUGCACCAAGUGCCCGGCCGCUCGAACCCUCCACCACUCACCAGCAUCAGCCACAUGGUGACAUGCCGGCUUUGCGACAAGGACUUUCCCAAUGCCCACGCCUACAAACUGCACCAAAUAGCAGAGCAUGGCAAAGGCUUGGAGGCGUCACUUCCGGAUCCACACGAAAACAGCCUGCCCAAGCCCGACUCGCCCUUAGAGCGCAGUGCCCACGACACUUUUCUCCGCGCUUCGGUGGACGCCUCGGCAGCCGCGCAGGCGGCUGCUGCAGCAGCACACGCGGCUGCCGCAGCUAGCAUGGUCUCCAUGCCCCCUGGCAGCGGGGGCUCUGGCUCAGGGGGCACGACGAUGUUUGGCAGCAUGGUGGCCGCCAAGCUGGCAGACCGUGUGACUUGUGAUAUAUGUAACAAGGAGCUGUGCAAUAAGUAUUUUCUGAAAAAUCACAAACUUAAGAUGCAUGGCGUAGAUGUCGAUGGAACGGGGUCCGACAAGGUGCAGUCGGCGGGCAGAAAAACACCCCAACAGCCCUCUCCUACCAGUAAGCAUCAGCAGCCACUGAACAUGAGCGUCGGGUCUAAGCCGCCUAUGGGUUUGAUGCCAAAGCUAGAACUCCGCGACUUCCCUGACUACAGCAAAGACUACAGGGACUACAAGAUGAUGAAGGAGUUUGGAACAUUUAAAAGCUUCCCUGAUAUGCCCUCGUAUCUUGCAGAUACCAUUGGCAGUGACUUUUUCAGGCGGUCCCAGCCGCCCUUUAAAGGCUUAGAUUUCAGUCACCCAAUCCUCCCUCAGGGUCCGGUGGACUGUCCCGCAGCGGAUGAACUAGUCAAGAUGGGCAUUGAUCCUGAAGCAUACUGUGAAAUUUGCAAGAAGGAGUUUUGUAGUAAAUAUUUUCUUAGAACGCACAGGUCGAAUAUUCAUGGAAUCAAAACCGAAGUUCCUGAAACAGACAGAAACAGAUCCAGACCAUCAUCGUCUUUAAAGCAAUCUAACGGCAAUAAACUCAACAUCAGCAGCAACAACAACAAUAAUAAUAAUAACAACAACAACAAUCUUAACAACAAUAAUGGUAGUUUUAGCCUUCAUUCGUUUCCCAUGCCGGGAUUGGCUAUGGGGUACGGCUUAGACAGAGGGAAGGGUGGAAGCAGCUACCCAGGACUCAACGGAGGCAGCGGGCUUCAUAGUAGUGGACUGGGAGGUAGUAGUGGGCUUGGAGGUAGUGGUGGACUGGGAGGUAGUGGUGGACUUGGAGGUAGUGGUGGACUGGGAGCUCGACUAAAAGACGGCUUCGAGAAGCACACAUGGCGCUGGAAGGAGCCCGUGAACUCCGCGCGAGUGACCUGCGACAUCUGCAACAAAGAGGUGUGCAACAAGUACUUCCUGCGGACCCACAAGCAGAACAAGCACGGCAUCGCGCCUUCCGACAAGUCUCUGUCCCCGACUAUGAGUGGUUCACCAGUGCCCUCUGACGUCGAUGCCUCCAGCAACACGUCCAGUCAGCCAGACAACUUCCUAGUGGACAAAGCCACUGGAGUCAUGCCGAGAAUCGAGGCUUACGGUGCGCAGCCUUCUGCUGACAAGUCUCCUAAAAUGCUCGACCAAGCAAAAAGCAGAGGGGAUGACGAGAAGUGUCUGUCCAUGGCCAGCAGGAACGGAGCUCACAGCGGUACCAACUUCAAUUCCGCCAACAACAACAGCAGCGGCAACUUCCCCACGUGUCACUUGUGUGACCGACAGUUUAAGAACACCCAAUGGCUCACAGCCCAUUUGAUGAAGGACCACUCUGAACUGUGUGACUCUGAGGCUGUGGACAUGCGGAUGAUCCCGCCUGUACCGCGAGGUCUUCCAAGCAACGCGGGUGGAGAUGCGAAGGUGUGUCGGGUGUGUCAAGUAUCCUUCCCCAGCGAGCUCAACUUGCAGCUGCACCUCUUGCAGGAACACAACGCCCAUGUCAUGCUACAAGAUGAGGAGGAUGAAGAGGCUAGACCGGAAGGCAGGAGGUCCGCAAAAUCGCUGUAUGAGAAGAACUAUAAUUCAGGAUGGCGAUCGCGCGGUCUUGGAUACCGGAAGCGGCUCGCUCUGACCCCUAAAAAGCUGAAGAUGUACGUCUGUUCUCUGUGUGACUAUCAGACGAGUUGGCAUUGUAACCUCGUGACCCACGAGAGGGACGUUCACAGAUUAGCGGCGGAAGAAUGCCGCUACGAUGCAGGUCCGAUGGAGGUAGAGGAAGAGUAUACGGACUCGCUGGAGAACCGCUUUUCCUCGCCCCGUAGGAUGUCUGGCGGUUUCCCGCCAACCGUUAGCAUGUACAGAUGCGGGCUGUGCACUGCACGCUUCAACACGCAUACCUUCUGCCGCGUGCAUUUGCAGGAUGUCCACAUCCACCUACUGAAGGACUUCAUUGUCCGCAAACAGGUGAAGUCUUGGAGAAAGCUGCAUUGCCCGUCUUGUCGUUUCUCCACGCGCUACUAUCGCCGGCUUCGCAGUCACAUGAUCCAGAACCACAACCGCGUGAUUGCGCCGAACAACUGGUCGUUCGGUGAGGUGAGAUUCGCCGCGGGCGGAGGCGGCAGCGGCAUCGGCAGGCGGCGGGCGGAGCAGAACCCAGAAGAGUCGUCAUUCUUCGCGUCCUACAGCAAGACGGAGGCGAUGGGUCUGGCGAUGGCGCCACGUGGCGGCGAAGACUCGGCCGCCGAAGACCUGGUGCAGCAGACCUUCCAUCGCGACGUCGUCGUUCAUCGGAGCAGCAACAACAGCCGCGACGCCACGUCGCCUACGUCGUCGGUUGGAGACGGCAACUUCCUCUCGACAGUGGCCUCCACGCCCGCGCGGCCGAAAGUGCACGACGCCGUACCUGUGUCCUUUCUGCUGAGCCCCAUCGCACCUUGAAAAAAAGGCUUCCGACAGGUAGCUGGUUGCUCUGGCCUGACACUAGCAUCAGGUAUGUCGAUUGUGUCACACCUCUGCCUGCAGCCCGGCGCCCUGUGACCCUCCCCCUGUUCGUGUUGUUAUAAUCUUUGCAGGACUUUGCUCUUGUUGCAAAUACGAGAUAAUUUAUUACACGACAUUCGAAACCCCUCAACUCCGCCCCCACCACCACCACCACAACCCCCUUACUCGCCACGCUUCCUGCAACCACCAAACUCCACACUUUAUUUCCUGCCUACGUUGACUGACUGCUCUUCAAACAAUAAAACGGGGGGUAAGGGGUUGAGUUCAUGUACACCUGGCCUUCCAGAUGCUGAGCAACGUGAGUCCGGCGAGAAGGGCAGAACUUAUUUAUUAUUGACACUUUGAAUGAAUUCGUGUUGGUAGUCUCGGAAAGUGGCGCUGUGGAAAUUGAAAUUCUCCGACGAACAAGGCAAGAACAGGAAAUAAGGACGAGAACAGUCAUCUGUUAGUGUCAUCCUGGAAGUCAAAUGAUUUUUUUUUUUUUAAAAAGAAAAACCACGCAAAACAGACAUAGGAGAAGUUUGGUCUUCAAGGCGAGGACCAUGUGUUAAACUUGUGUUUGAGGAGGGGUAAACCCCCCGGCGUGCGACCACGUGAUCCGUGCUUCGUCAUGGCAGCCACUAGCGCCAAGAUGGAGGGAAGGGCGACAUCACACAUCCCCUCCCCCCCCUGACCGCUGGGACAGGCGCAGACAAUGCGACCACAGAGAAGCUGGUUGCGGACCUUGUCUAAUCUGAUCAGGCUGUUUGAACUGAGUGUGCGAUUGCCGACACUUCUUCCCCGCGAUAAUUUAUCACUUCUUCUGACUUGUGUUCUGGAGGAGUGAUGAUUUGUACAUGUUUGGUAUGACUUUUUUUUUUUUUUUUUUUCGUUCAGAGUGUUUUCUGUGUGUGAAAAGACUUGUUUUCCAAGCAUUACCUCAGGUACCAUAAUCAUUGAUCAUUACCAUUAUUAAUAUUAUUACAUUAUAUAGAUGUGAUGCCUAGAUCCACAAAUAUUUUGUGAGUGCAAUUCGGAGUUCUUUUAUGGCAAACCUUUAAAUUCAUUGUUUUUAAAUCGAUAUAUACCAGUCUAUUCCUCGUGUUUUCCACACUGUACCUUUGUUUUUUAGCAAACAAUAUUUCUCUCGGAGAUUUCUUCCAAAAAAUCCCAGAAUAUUUUCAACAUAUUUUUUGUAACCUCUCCUUCUUAUGCAAUAUUCCACAAGCUCCAAUGUAUUUUAUCAGACAUGGAUUCUCACCGUCUUCUGGCUCCCGGGAAAGGUUGGAAACUUGAAAUGCACCAUAAUGUGAAGGCAGCAUGCAUUAAACUAUACAUGGGCUGUAGGUGAGGCAUGACAGGCUACAGAAUCUCAGUAUUACACUUGAUGUAUUUUGAUAGAAAUUUCUGCAUUCUUGAACCUGGAAAGGCAGAAUGAUUUUUUUUUUUUUUGAAAUUGUGCCAGAAGCCCCUUCUCAUCCCAUAGUCACACCAUCGCAAAAUAAAUAAACCAUGACUUUAAUGUGGUAAUGCGAGGGGUUUGUAUAAUGUCACCAUUUCUUUUGUUUACUUGUUUUGUUGCUUACAUGGCUGAAAAAAAAUUCCAGCCACUGACAGUCAACAGACUUGGACUUUCUCGCCAGCAGUGCCAAGUCAAAUGUAAGAAAGUACUGCAAUUAGGAAUUUUCUGUAUACUUUUUUUCUACUUUCAAAAUUUCGCCAAAUCUUUGUAAUAUAACUAAGCAGAGGUCAUGUGACCUCAAGCCUAUUGUCCUUCCUCAAUAUAUAGUUCCAGAGAAAACUGCCACCUCGACACCAGAAGGCCAGACAAUUUUACAUUUUUAUUUGCAUGUAUGUUUUAAAGAACUUUUUGGGAUGGAGAUAGAAUGGAUGAUGAAAUUUCUGUUUUUAAUUUUUUAAAUUUUUUUGUUGGCAGCAGGAAAAGCAAAUUAAGUGUUUUUACUGAUGAAAGACAUUCGACAUUCAUUAUCUUUUUUUUUCCUCUCCUUCUUUAGUCCUUUCUCCAAAUGGUAUUCUUGCGUGAUCAUGUAAUAAACACAAUAAUGUGAUCUUAAGCUUGGGAGACUAUUUCUAGGAUUGUUGUGAAACAAUGUAUGCCUAUGUAUACAGCAUUUUCCGCGUUUGACAAAGUGUGUAUUGCUGUACAAGUCCUGUGACUGGCCUGUUUAUUGUAAACAAAUGACAAAGUUGGAUCUGUAUAUAGCUUAAAAUAGAAGACAAAUCACCAAACGGUUGCCCUGCAAAGCAGUUCGGUUUUUAUUCCAAAGGUUAUAAAUUUUGUUUCCUAGUCUUGACGGUCUUUGAAGCUUCUCACUUGCUUGCAACUUGCACUGCACUUUACACUUGUCGAGAGUGGCCAUUCAUUUACUGCGUUGCAUCAUCGUUGUGUAGGUAGCGCUGAUAAGGCUAGCAGCCCCUCCGAGCGACCCCGGGGUCACAGUGACACGCUUCCAGUAGCCCUAGCGCUCACUACAGCUUCUCCCAGAAUCCGCUGCGGAAAAUUCCUGUAAUUACUGUUCAUGAAAUAUCAAAACUUGAAAAGUCUGGACAGAAGAAGGAGGCUGGUACCGUGGGCAGCAUGGCCUUUGUGCUGGGAAUAGCAACGGAAUGAGAGAAAUAAUUCAGCGACAAAAGACAGAACGAAAUUACUCCUUAUUUAACCCUUUAAACCUGGCUGAGACAGAUGUGAUUACAUAAGAUUACUUUUGCCGACUGGCUUUUUAUAUUUCCUUUAAAAAAGUUUAAAUUACAGACUAGAAAAACUUUGGAUGUAGAUGUGUCCAUCGAAGUGUAAGCAUCUUACUGUAUGAAAAGUGUUGACAUUUUUUUUUUAAAAUCAAAUAUCAAGGGGAAAAUUAUAUUUCUUCAGUCGUGCAACAUUUUUUAAUCUGUUGUCUUUUACCUUUGGGGGGGGGAGAAGGGUUCACAGUUUCCUAGUCUCGUCCAGUCUCUGAAGGAAGAUUAUGCACUUUUUUGUCGGAUACCGAGGCCUUGAAUAAAUGAUUUGCAAGUCGGUCUUCCACGUGAUUGCAACAUACCAAACGCCAUCAUUAACGCCUUUGUUUCUCUUUCUUACAACAGCGCCGAUCUAAUCUUCCAGCUCCACCCCACCAACCCCGUCGUUGACCUUCCUACCCACGUUUGACGAGGAUGGGGCUUACCCGUAUUGAGAGCGAGUCUAGGCUCGGGCUUUCCCCCCACUGUUUCUUUCCUUCCAGCCCAAAUCGACAUUUCAAAACCCUACACAAGGAUGGGCGAAAUAAGAAAAAAUGUUGGCUCGAUUGUCGUUGGCGUUCUUUCCUUUCCCCCUAACUCCCACAUUUUAUUUUUCUCAGAAAUCCAGCGCAGCGAGGCAAUACUUACCUAUACCAUCAGGUGUUUGCAACGGCCAAUAAGAGUUUUGUGUUGUGAAUGACGGGACUGAAAUACCCGACAUUUCCAUAAAUAGCAUGGUCUUUCACAGCCCGGGUUUGCUGUGGACGGUGUAAAACAUGAUCGGUAAUGUUUGUUCCAAUAUUAAAGGGCAAGAGUUCUUUUUGGUUCAUUUUUCCCCUUUCCUGUUACACCUAACAAGUAGAGUGGUAAAAAUAUUUUUGUACUUUAAAGUCUAGAAUUUUGAACAGCGAGUGUGGGUAGUGUACAGGGGUAGGGCUACCCUCUUCUUCCAGAUGCUAUUCCGCUGACACAAGAAAUCAUUCCCACACCCAGCUUCGACAGACAUAUAGUUCUCUUCAGGUCUGCAGCAAAAUCUCAGUCUUAACUUUAUGAUAGUCCAGGCUGGUGUAUGACAGAAAACAGAUGCCUAUUCCUCCUCUUUGUUUUUUGGUCGAAACUUUUUUUCAGAGGGUUUUUACCUUUUACAAUUCACUGGUGUAAUCGGAGGAAGGUACAGACUUUUCGUUGUUGGGAUGUGAAGCUGUGUACCAACCCCGUCCUGACUCGCACAGAAUGCGACAAUAAAGCCGCCUUAACGAGGAAGGUCCCACGUUAGGUAUUCACCGAGCUUACAGCCCCACAACUUCUGGUCGCGCUUGAAGGGCGAUAGGCAAAACAUUUUUUUUUUCUUUCCGUUUUCUUUUCACGGUCUUGAUAACGGAGACAUCGAGGCUGCUUUCACCUUUCACCCCUUACCCUCUAUGCUUCUUUCUGGGCUUUUAGCUAGCAGGUAGAAUAUGCCACCCAAAGAUAGGUGCCUAGCUUGCCGCCAUUUGUGUAUCCUCUCCCUAGGGAGCUUGCCAACUUAAGUGAAAUGGCACGUGCAUCCCUAACGCCGGGAUGAACGUGGGACGCGCGUUACAAGUACUAAAUGCCUCGCGUGUGAAUCACAAGAGUCGAGUUACUGGGUCACGAGCCAAUUCUUGUGCGAACUUUAAAAAUGUCAGUACAGGUAGAUGUACACCCUACCUAGUCAUCUCCCCACAUUUAUUGUCUUAUCCUCCAACCUUCCUGGAAUGUUUUCUCUGCGCAGUUAAAGCAGUUGUGCUUCAAUUUAUUUAGUGUAUGUGAGGUCAGUACUACUUAGUACAAUACAUAAAAUUGUUGUUGAUGACUGUGUCCGAUUUUUUUUUAAAAGCUAAUACAAUCGGAAAUAAUAUUAGAGUGUGAAAAUAUAAAUAUGUAAAUAUGGCCUUGAUGUGGAUGUGAAUGAUUGAGGAUGAAAGAAAGUGUUGAUAGAUAGAUUGGAGAGGAGAUAUUUGCUGGGUAUGUAAUUAGUUUGUUGUGGGGUUUGUCUGUUGGAAACGGAAGAAAAAGAAUGAAGUACCGCUGUAGUGUUCAGACUCUUGCUAUCUCAUCUUUUCGUCCCAUGCGCAUGCGUAUGACCUGCGGGUCAUUCACCCUCAGAGAACAACAUCCCACGUGCUGCCAACACAGUCUAGCUUAGACAUCCUCGGUUAGCAUCCUAGGACAAAGGUUUACAAAUUUUCUUAAACCCGUUUUGACUAUCACAUCAGUCUCUCCGACCCACCUCUAGUAUCAUCAUCGUCGUCAAGUAUCAUCAGACCUACCCACACCCCGAGUCCAUCCUUUCUCGCCUUCCUUUUUUUCUAACUCAACAUUUUUGUCGAUGAUGGUUGAUUGACGAGCUCCAAUGAACCCCCCACACCGACAGUUCAACAAGCAAGAGCUUGGCAAUGUUCAGAGGAUUUGUGGGAGAAGCUGUUUCCUAAUCUGAUAAACAACUUAGCCAUUCGGUUUUUUUUUCUCUUCCCCCAGCGAAUAAUAUAAUUGAAAAAAAAUAUGGUGUUCUUAUUGAUACCUUAUUACCAAGAAUGCCAGUGUUGUGAUGAAGUAUUCUAUGUGUCGUUUCACUUUGCUGUAAAAUAUGAUAAUAUAAUUGUUGUUUGAUAUAAUAAUCUAGUCUUUCCUGGCGGAAGGUCGCCAGUCGACCAAAGCAUCCCAGUAUACGUAAAUAAAUAAAUAUAUAUCUAUAUACACACAAAAGAAUGAAUUGGCCACUCUUUUACCUCAUGUCUUGAGUUCGACAGCAUACAGUGAGGCAAGACAUCUUUAUGCGUUCAUUGUGACUAUUUUUUUCGGAGAUUCAGAUGAUCACAUUUUUUUUCCGAUCACGUGACAGGUAGUGUUAGUAUCUUAUUUGAUGUUGUGCAUGUAAAUGUAAACAUUCACCUUUUUUUUUUUUUUUUUUGCUUGACGGAGACUUUGGGUGAAAACUGUACAUACACGUCCAAUGGCGAAAACAUUUUGGAGUGCAUUUUUCCACUUGUCUCUUUUCUCUCUCUUUCUCUUGGUCUUUCUCCUUCACUUUCCCCUUCCCCUAUCACGCUGAGUGUCUGUAUUUUUUUUGUAAAAAUUCUAAGCAGUUUUCUUGUAGUUAUCGCUAAAAAAAAACUUUGUCAAAUAGGCUUACUUGUCAAAUGUUCACACUCUCCCCCAGAUGUCACAAUAUGUGCAUAAUAUUGGCUGAAAUGGUGUCCAGAAAACCACGUGACUGAUGCCCCUGUUGUCACCUGCUUUGGCCGCUUCCACUUCCCUGCGUCUUCUUCUGUCUGUCUUCACCCCUACACACACUCACCAUGAUACGUUCCUCUACAUUUGCAGAUUUCAAACGGGGCAACCCUGAAUUUGUAUAUGUACAUUACAAAGUGUGACUUGUACAUUGUAUAUACUUGCUACUGGAGCAGGUGGAUUUUUUCGGGGGGUCGUCAUAUUUGUGUAUUUUGUCUCAAUGUCGGAUAUGAGUGUCCAUGAUUCCAGUAAAAGCCUUUUUUUGGGCUUUUGUUUUAAUUUCCUUUGGUCACUUAGUUCUAGGAGACGUGAGUAUUUUCACGAAACAUUUGAUGUACAUCCAGCUACAAAGAUCAGCAAUUGUGGGGUCACCUGCAAGUAGUCGGUACUCAAUACUCAUUUUGAAUAUGUCUUGCCUAACCAGUUAGCAUUAUUGUUGCAGUCGGAAUGCCGCAAGCCUUCUUCUUUCUUUCUUUUUUUUUUUUUUUUUUUUUUUGGCCGUUUCCCAAGACAACAUUACUCUUGUGUGAAUGCGUGCUGAGGUGGGCUGUAUGUGUAUUUUGCAUGCAUGUUGUUCAGUAUGAUUUAUCUGACUUUUUAAACCUGCCACGUCGUGCUGCCCUCAUCCCCUAUCACCCACAACCCCCAACACACAGAUCUUCUGUCAUGUUUGGGGCGUACUCAUUCCAAAAGCAAAAGAAAAAAAGAAAAGCAAGUUCAUUUCUUUCCAGUUUUGCAAUAUUGUUAUGCGCACAUUAUUGUUACUCGCGAACCUUGAGCGAGUGCUCUCUUCCUCUCUUCCCCUUCUCCCUCUAUGGCUGACUCCACUAAACGGUCCUCACACACCCUUCACGCCUCUCCUUUCUCUUCGCCGUGUGUGGCCGAGGACGAGGAAUGCAUGAGAAGACCCCCCGGGGGGAGGGAGAGGAGAGUGGUAGUUGGGGGCGCUAGAAGAAUAAGUGCUGGUGUUGAUAGGAUGUCAUUGGGGCUCUGUGACAUGCUUCAAUACAUCGUGACAUCUAUUGUUGUUAAGUAUGACGGUUUAAACGCUUUCGACUAAAUAUAGGAUAGUCUAAAUGAGUUCUGGAUCUUUCCAGCCACUUAACUGAAGUUCCUUUCUGAGAUAUUUAAUAAUAAUAAUUUAAAAAAUAUGUGGCAGUACGUUUUGUUUAGAUUAAGAGAUCUUCUAAACACCCAAAGCAAAACUUUCAGAGAACAAAAUGAAGAUUUUUAAUCGUGGUUAUGGUUGGACACACCCCUCCCCCUCCUAAAAAACAAAAAACAAAACAAAACUGAUGUUAUUCGCAAACGUGGUUGGUUGAGUGGGUGAAGAGGCGCCAGCGUUGAGGGAGCGACCCAGGGAGGGCCGUGAAGUUAAUGUGCCAUCUGCUGUUCCUCCUGUGUGGAAAUGGCGUGCCGUCCUCACCCUGUGAUCCCUUCCCCCUGUCCUGCCAGCUUCCUUCCCGCCCCAAACUUUGGCUAGCUGCUACUGGGCAUUGUCAUUAUUCAUUAAUGAUUGCACGCUAUUAAAUCUUCAAUACCGUGAUGCCCACCUGAGGCACACCUCAGCCAUUUUGAACUUCUCUUUUUCUAUCUUUCUCACUAUCUCGUGUGGGCUUUUUUUUCCCCUCUCUCUCUCUCUCUUUGACAACAAACUACCUCAUUCCAGACAGGUCCUGUCUGGAAGAUGCAUGUCUGCCCCCUUUGAAAUCUGCCUUUAUUGCAAUAAGAUUUCUAUUUUCCACGUCUAAUUUCUUAGUCUCGUGUGUGCCGGGCGAAGGCCACAGCCUACUCAUUCAGGGAAACCAUGCGACUAAUAUUGUCAUUAUUAUUCACAUUACGGUAACUUGUAUUUGCCCGUUUUGAUUAUGUUUAUUAUUAUUCUUAUUAUUAUUGUUAUUAUUAUUAUUUACAUUGUCGUGCAUUUUAGCUAUGUGUGUGACGUCAAACCAAACAUUAAUAACUUUGAAACAUAUGUUUGCAACCCUUUUCUGUUAUGAAAUUAUGUGUGUGCAUGUUUGUGUGUGUGUGUGUUGCAUAUUGACUAUAAAACACCGGGUGGUUACACAUCGUCAUACACUGCGUACACAGAGCUUUGUGAAUGCGUCUUCCCCCUUCUGAAGACCUGAGAGACCGGAAGUGCAGACUGCAAUAUUGUAGUCCACCCGGCUCCUACAAAGGUUUAGGUGACAGACAUGGCGAUAUUCCGCAAACACUUCAAGAAGAUUGUCUUUCAGCCAGUUACUAGAGCUGUACUCAAGUCAGCAGCGUGGAGAUGACAAGGGAGUGGUACCCGCUAUCCGAGGGGUGGGAAAGGUUGACCUUUAUAUGAUUGAGUAGUUUGUUUACACAUCCUUGCAGGCAAAGGACCGGUAGACCUGUAAAUAUUACUCUGGUCGUUAGACAGGCAUACGGUGAUAGUCGCAGCAUGGAGGCGAUGUAGGGAUAAACUGUCUUUGCUAUCUUUCACACCGAGCACGACAGUUUUUAAAGAUGGUGAGACACGAGCGGAAGCGGACAAAAAUGCGCGCGCAUCUCGCAGAGCUUAGCGUCCCUCGCGACCUUCUCUGGAAAACGUUAAACAAUCAGGUAACAAAAGCUGGGAUGGGUGUGGAGGAUCUUAAAUGUUUCUAUACUUGUGAUUGACAGUUUUGUAGUGACAAGCCUGAGGGAUGGAGGUGGGGACAAAAACGUUAAGGUUAAAGGUUAUGCAGUCACCGAAAUCAUUUUCCAAUCUUAUUUGUGUAAAGACUCUUACAAUUAUUAUCAUAGUCACUCUGUCAGGCAUUAUGUCCUAAUAAUUCACAGAUUCUGAUGGCGCGUUAAUAUACUUUAAGCUUUUAAAUAUUUUCUUUCUUUUAGAGACUGCUUGCUCCUUGCAUUUCACAAAAUAAUUUUAUUUACAAUGAACUUUUGCCCUAUGCUCCACUGUAAUUAGGAACAAGAAGAAAGAAAAAACUUUUGCGUUUUCUCAAUUUUAGGUUUAUGAGAGAUAGCACAUACUUUUAAUUCAGACUAAAAUUAUUAGUGAUAAGCCACUAAUUACAGUGUUUGUAAUAAUAUUUGAUUUUUUAAUUAUUUUUCAGUUGGUCUAGUCUUUACGCUGCAUGCGUUAAACCAGAUUGAAAGAUAAAGCAAAAACAUAUUUGUUAAUUAUGGUUUAUUAAAACACACACACACACAUGACUUAAACACUGCCCUGAGUUCUCCACUUCAUUCGUUGGAGACAGCACCCGCCGUUUUGAAACCAUUUUUUAAAAGGUUCAGAUUGCUGUUUAUGCGAGGUUGUCCGCCGGCUGUUAUACAUUGGAACAACCGGAUUGGAACUCUUUUUUUUUCUGGAGCUGGCCAGUUCUCUAAACAUCUUCCCAGUGGCGAACACGAUCCGUGGGCUUAAAAUAUGCCUCAGGCCAUUGUUAUAGCUAUUCAAAGUUGGCAUUACACACGCCAGGCCAGCGAUGAAUCGUCGGUUCGCGUGAAGAAACGACCUUAGCCACCCGGCCGCUAUUUUGAAGCAAAGGUGUGCGGUCUUCCAGAAGGGGGCGUUUAAAGUUGGAUAGAUUAGGGUUUCAUUCAAACGGAAAUGAAAUUAAAUAGUUCCACGAAGCCAGCAUUUUAAAUGUCAAUACGGCCUUUUCUUCGUUUGUAAGCUGGCGGCGGGGAGGUAGGGUGGAUGGGGUGGUUAGAACGAGGACGGGUGGGUGGUUAGGUUUUACACUCGUUUUUGACCUGACGAGGAUGAAAGAGGAUAUAGGAUCGACUUUUUAGUGCGAAGCCAAGUUGCUGUUAUUAUUAUUAUUAUAUUUAGACAGUUGGCAAUUGAGAAUAAUUUUAUAAUUAAAAUGGGAUUUUUUUUUUGAAAGCUGUCAAGCUUCUUUUCACGACGAACUUUUAGUGAUUGGGACUAUCUUAACUGAAAUAUGUGGGCAUACCUUUAACACACCCUGUCUCGCUGUAGGUCUGCUUAUAAACCUGUUUUCAUUCUUUUCCUCCAUCCCCACCUCCACUGAGAGGGAAUUUUUAGUUAACAAUAUCAGCCGAUGCUUUUCGGGAGAAACUCGCCUUCAUGCAUUUGCAAGAAAAGGUUUCUCAUGAACGGUGGAACAGAUGAACUAACAACAAAGAUUUUUGGGAAAGAUAAUGUUAGGCAAAAGCAUUUUCUUUUUAAAAAUGGAAAAAGAGAGAGCAGGUGGUGAACUUCAGGUCAACACUGUCUUCUGCUGUACAUGCGAUUGAAAAGCUAGUUUCACUACUGGAAUUCUAAAAAUAAUUAAAUAAAUAAAACAAAAGAAUAACAUUUUUCCCGUUUUUGAACGUGUGUACCACUCCACGUUCAUAUAUUCCCUUUUCAUUUGAUCUUCGCCACUUCAGUUACUAUUGACCGGCUUGCAAGAACUAUUAAGAAUGAAUAGAUAUGUUUUUCACAACUGUCUUUUUUCGGUAGUGAAAGCAAAUCAGACUUUAAUGUUUUCUGCGCUGAGCUCCUUGCUUCGACACAACCACCGCCCACGGAGAAAACUUUUUUUCCUUCUUCUUCUUCUUUUCUCUGAAAAUGCAUCCUUCUGUUUCUGCCGGGCUUGCUCCGCAUCCAUUGAUCUGUUUCCUGUCUACAAACUACCCGAGAUUAUCUGUAAAACCUGGCGUGCCGCCCUGUAAGGCAAACGCACGGCUUCUGAGGUUGAUUUCUGUUCCGCAAACACCACGAGUACAGUAUGUACAGUAUGUACACCAUCCGCCACUGAAGGGCGUACUCACUACAGUGACGUGGCAUCACGUGGUCAGAUUUAACCGGAAGCGUCCAGGCUUCGCAGCCUCGUAAGCCAACUCAGUUAAUGACAGCACCGCAACGGAAAUCUCUGAGUGCUUUACGCCAGGGAGUGGCUGCCAAAUUAAUAACGGUCAUUAUUUCCUUUUUGAACUUUAAAGAGCUUCCCCUCCUAGUGCAAACCCGGCUACCCCACUUGACCCACAUGCUAGAGAGUUAGACCCCAUCGUAGCCCCUAUUACAAUCCAAAAAUCUGUAUUUUUUUUUUUUAAAUAGUUGGUGUAUUACUAGGUCGCAGUAGCACAAUUUCGACUUCAUUGAAAUGACACAUGACUCAAGAGUCAUACAUGCAUAGUAUGUUGAUGGUGGAGUGAGUGUGUGUGUCUCGAGGGAAGGGGUAGUUUCAUUCUUUUUCUCCUUUUUAACUUCUGUUGAAAGGGUAUGGAGUACAGAACUUGAAUAGACUGCUUGACAAUGACAGAAAUAACACAAACCAUAGCAAGGUGGUAGUAAUACUUGGACUCUCUCCUCCCUCUCUCAACCAUACCCCCUCUCUUUCUCUCUCCAUCCCUUCACCAGCAAGGUCAAAGGUGAACAAUGGAAGAGACGUGUACAGUGGACGUAGUAAUGGUCCCCUUGGUUCUCGCCAGUCAUGCUCCAUAGAAACGAUUAUUAAAUUCAUUAACACGCGCACCAAAGCAUCGUACCAGUUCGUGUAUGACUUCUGAUUCAAGCCCCACACCGACUCCCUCCCUCCGACACCAAACACGGGGCAAAAGACAUCCGACCAAACAACAUUCGUUAUAGUGCUCCGGGUGGAGGCACUGAAGGGAAGCCGUGUAAUUAGGAAUCAAAAACCAGACCCUGAAUAGGAUUUCAGCUCCAAAAAUUAAAACGUGGUUUGCGUCGCCCAUAAUUCAUUGGACAAUCGUCGGCGUGCGAGGGCAUUGUGCGGGGCUGAGCUGUGUUUCGCGUCAGAAACAAGAAUCAAUUUUUGUGGGGGGCAAUUCCCCAAAGCGUUUUUGAUUUUGUCAGCAGGCUGCAAGACGAAAAGUGAGUGUUUGAACUAUUUACAAAAGCUAGUAGGGGUGUUGGGAGGGUGGAGGAACAGUGUUCUCGCUUUUAUAACCACCUUCUUUUAUACCAUAGAUUUUUUUCUCUCUGUCCCCUCGGUUUCAUUUUUGUGGCUGGGUUGCAUCAAAAGUAAGGCAAAAACAUGCCACGUGACUUGCUGAUUCGUCUUUUGGGGGUCUCUUGCCUUCCUACCGUCUGACAGACUGCAUAGCGGAUGUGCACACACACAUACAUGUGAAAAACUCACAUGCCAGCGGGGGAGGAGGAGAGAGAAUUUGUCAUGUAGUAGACACAAUCUCUAAUCAUGGAUUUUAUCAUCGAAAAUGAACGUUACAACAUUCACCAAUCGUAUCAUUAUCAUAAAUAAACUCGUGACAUCGCCAUCGUCGCCCGUCUCGUUAUCAACAGACAUCAACAUUUCCUCUCCUUCUCUUUCUCUCCACGGUUCGAUUUCAACCCCACGCAAUUCAAGUUCACUUUGCGUGACCUCUCCUGUAGCCGGUCCUGACAUGUAUGAAAAGCGCUUGAGUCGAAAAUCAUAACCAUAAAUUAUGAAAUGUAAGCUGCAAUUUUUUGGCCAUGAUUUUGUGGGGCGGUCCGCCAUUAAAAGCAGAACAAUGGUCGUCACAUGCUAGGUGCACGCCCGCGGCACUGCCGGCGACUUCAGCUGACGUGCAGCAGGCACGCCGACCUCACACGUCUGCUGCACGCCGCCGGCCAGCUCAGGGGGGCUACUUUCAAGUCUUCCUUUUCCCACAACAAUCUGCCUGUUGAUGGAUGUUUCAUCUUUGUCCUUUCUCUUCCCAUUGGAUGCUCCUCCUCAUUAAUAUCAACGGUGCCGGACUUUUACUGGAGUGUUAUCGCUUAGGUAAUUUAUUUUAAUUUUAAUUUUUAAUAUAAAAAAAUUGUCUCCGUUAGGUCCGUCCUCUAUUUACAUGAGUCAGGUAUGUGAGGUUUAUGUUUUGAUUUAUAUUUUUCUCUGAGGGGACGAAGUUGUAGCCGGACAUCAGAACUUUGCCGGUGUUCCCAUUAGUGAAACUAAAUUACACAACUAGUUACGGGAGAUGUGGGGUGGAUUGGUGGGUAGGGGGCAAAAAGUACCCUUUCUCAGGUAGUCCAGAUUCCGGAUGACAGACACAGCCGAGGACUACCGAGCCGUCGACAGGACGACUUUCUUGCGAAUGUUUAUUUGGAUUUCGGGACGAUGACUCCGACGAGCUUGUCCCAACGGUCAGUCUGCAACAAGAUAAAAAAUAUGAUUUUUUUUUUUAAUGACUUGGUCUCCUCUUCUGUAAGAGGCUAAAACGGUUCUGCGGGUUUUUGUGGUUGAUGGAAUGAUUUUUUUUUUCAAAGAGUUUAGUGUGGGGUGGGAGAUUGGAUGGAAAUUAGACACUGUACUGAGGGUCCAAUCUAUCGGGGCACCUAGUACAAAGAGAGCGCGUUCGUUUAGAGCCUUACGGCAUGUCCCUUCUUCGUUGCCCUGGGGGAAAUAAAGAUAUUUUUUCUCUCUCUCUCUCUUUCUCUCUCGCCCUCUUCUCGUUCUAAAGCUUCGCAAAAAGAUAGAGAAGAGCGGAGUGUGUUUGCGUGACACUUGAUCCGUGCCGGCAGUUUGUCACAACCAAUGAAGUUAAACGGCCGAGACAUGAAACUUCUCAAGCCGCAGUGCCCCUACCACAGGGGCAUUGUGCCGAGGAAUUGUGGGAAGCGUCUGCUGCCCUACCUUCCCUCCCAAACCUCCCGUUAUAGGGCAAGCGCAUGCAGAAUAAUUCCACUGGGCUUUGGUCGCCCAACAUCUGUAGUCUGAAUACGUCUGCGUCUUAAGUUUCCUUUCUUGGCGCCCUCCCCCUCCUCCUCAACACUCUACCCAUCCUCGUAUCCACCACCACCCCUCUCUCCACCCGCGAACAAUGUUAAAGGACAGGACAAUUUCUGUUGAGAAAGUGAAAAUAAGACGACCGUUGCCUUCUACUCCAAAGGUCUGAUAACUAGAAUGACUGUACCAGCAAUUUGCGCAUUGUACUCUAGUUUGCCAUCAGUCACUGCGGUCACUUUUCUUGCCCCUAAUUAAUUUUAUCUCCAGCCGUUCGCAUUUUAUGUCUUCAAUUAUUGUCCUAGCUGUUGUCGGUGUCAGCCUCGCUUUGACUACAUGCAAGUAACUGUUAGUUGGAGUACUAUCAGCUGUUGGUGGUAGAGGGAAGGAACUGGACACGAUUUUCCCCCAUCCACUCACCCCCGGGGUUUGUUGGGUUUUUUUUUUUUUUGACAGCCGAUCCCCCAGGCGUCUAACAUUCCUCCGAUUACAAUGGCGCCCUGGAAAUUAAUCUACUCCUUAUUACAGCAAUUAAAAUGGCGGCGUGGGACUGAUUGUGAAAUUGUUUGUAAAGUUCAACAAUGCGUCACUCGACUGCAAUUAGCGCGUGGUGCGUGCGGCUUGACUUUACAAGUGCAAUAAGACAAGCCUCGAGAUAGUGUAAACAGGCCAACCCCUCCCCACCACAACCCUAGUUCCACUCCCCCGCCGUUCCGCUGUUAUUCAUUCACUUAUAUCUGUUUCAAAGUUCUAAGGCAGGACUAUGCGCUUGGCACAUGCUCUACAGAGACUCGCAGUGGCUGGUGGUUAAUGAUGACACGUGUAGCAGUUUGCUGAAUGCAUUUAAUUAGUGCCGUUGUGUCCUUUGAAGUCACGCACUAAGCGGUUGUUAGUCCACUUACACGCCAUGUUUUGCUAAGCUGUUGUCUGGUUUGUUCCUUCCAUUCGUACACUGCAGUUGAUUGAAAAUCAGGAGAGGGGAAGGAUGGACAAGUGGGAAAAUAACCGCCAUUGUUCAAAUCAUCAGUAUAACAUAUUAAAGAAAAUACAGUUUUCAUGUUUCUCAGUGUAAUACGCAUACGCAUACGCACGUGCGUAAGUCUUUAAACUGGCUUUCGAAACCCCUAAUCAGGUAUUAUUGCCUACAUUAUGUCUGAGUGUGUGCACCCUGCCCUGUUCUAUCAUUCUAUAAAACAACAGCUUCAGAUGGUGACCAAUAUCUCUCUGGACAUAAAGGAACGCGUGUCUGGCCGGCUAGCUCGAGAUGCGAGUCUACCAACUCACAUUCCAGUCACAGACUGGUUCUCGCCGACAGGAAAAGACUUGCAGGAGCGAAGUGUCCAGACUGCAGGAGAGAAGGCAAGUAAAUCGGGCCCCAGAUCUGGCCAGACAUCGCUAUGUCCGAGGGGAUCGAUUUUUUAAUCCGUGGCCCUUCCAUAAAAUUACACAGCUCAAGCCUAUCACAGCUUUGCCCUUUCGAAUUUGGCCUGGGGCCAAGGGAGCGCUAGCUUUUGCCGCGGGCCUUGUAAAAUGUAGGACUAAAGGUCUCACAGUCACUUUACCCCAGAGGGCAUUUGUAGCUGUAGUGAUUACCUGACUGUGCCAAGAAUUUAUUAUUAUCAUUAUUUUUUUAAAAUAUGUUAACCGAUAACUUUUUCCCGAAUUAGCAUACUAAUCGUGUCAACUGGCAAAUUAGGAUCCGAACCUGGAAUGUGCUGGGGUAUACAUGGUCAAUCCCAAGGUGUUGGGUGUUUGCUGAAUUUUAUUGCGACAUGUAUGACGUGGACUAGGUACAAUCCAAGUCAUUGUUGAAAGCAGUUUUAACGACCUGGGUUUGUUUACACAUAUGCCUCACCAGAUGACGCCCCGUUUUGCACCACAGCUUCGUGUUUAUCCAAAACACAAAUUAAAUGCACAGGCGUCUGUGACUGGUCGUGACACACGAGGUUGGUUAGACCGAGAACCGCUGAAACCCUGGCUACCUCGGGUACUACUUUUGCAUCACGUCGCACCAUUAGAAUGGGGACAGGCACGAGUCUGGAUUAAUACGCCCGUGUCCACUAGAGCUGAGAGGUGCACAAAAAAUUAGUUGGCCAUUAAUUAAUACAUAACUAUUAAUAGCCAUAAGAAACAAGGACGAACUUUACAUGAAAUAGUGUGUGGUGCAUCUUUACUUUGAUUCCAAGUUCACAAAGCUUUGUGUCACAGCAGUGCAUGCCCCUCCCCCGCCCUCAGACAACGUCCAUGAUUGGGUAAUGGGUAAUGAGUAAUGAUUAAUGAGUUAACAAAACACGCUUUGAAUCACAAUUUUUUAGGUUUUAACACAUCUUGGGAAAGAUUACUAGAAGUCACCUGUUGGUCUGAAAUCCAAAUGUAAAAGACUUUUAAAAGUAUGCGGGAUAAAAUAAGACAAACAAUAAUGUCGUCUUCAUAACCUUUAACCUCCAAACUCAGCAGCAGUCACCCUCUCCUGGCUUUUCUCUCCACAGCAUGGGCGAACCUUUGAGUUAAUUUGGCAUACAGUUUCCAUGGAAACACUUUUGCCAAACUUAUUCAAAAGUUUGUCAGUACUCGUCGGGUUAAGAAUGUUCUUUAUAGAAGCUGCUUUGUUGAUAUACCACGUGACCUUUGGUUAUUAACAUUUUAAAAUGGCGCCUUGCAAGAUAUUGUAUCAUUACCUACAUUCUCCAUUUCCAAGUUUAAUUUCGAAAAAACUCCAUAGAUAAUAUUUAUUUAUUUGUUUCGCUUGUGUAACAGUGUUGAAUGAUCAAAAGACUUUUAUUACAGAAGUGAUGAAGAUGAUCGUUUUUAUUAACCGCAGUCUUGUCGUCUGCUAGCAGCAUGCUGUGUUUCUAUAUCUGGAUUUUAACAAGCAUCGGUAGAGUCUGGUGCGACUGAGAUGAACAAGAAUGGUUGAGUCAGAAAGAAAAUACGAUAAUUAUUUCCGGAUUUUGUUUCCUCCUUUCAGUUGUCAUGUGUGAAUGUAACUGGUUUAUAAAUUUGUUUCACGUUCGAUAGCCUCGCACGUUGAGGAUUAUUAUCUUAAUUUAUAAAUGCGUUUGCUCGUCAUGUGCCCAUCUUUGUAUUGAUUGUCAACUGAAGAAAGUUUUCAUUUCAUUCAUUAGAGAUAUCGAUGAUAAGCCUUACAAGUCCUUUGUAACACACUAACAAACCAUUGAAAUGCAUCAAGUGUGAUAUCGUGUGAUUUCCUUGCGCUCUCUUCUUCUAAGAGAUAAUAGCACCGCCUUCAUCCUCCCCGCCUUCUCUCUCUCAGUCUGUCUGUCUGUCUGUCUGCCUACCUGCUUCCAAAUCGUCUAUAUUUCUCUGGGUUCCCUUUGUCAAAUGUCCGACAAAUGUAACAUAUAAUAGGAAUAUUAUCCAUCUAUAUAACUGCGUGACUGUUUGCUGUGACAUGUUUUCUAGAUUUGUUUAUACAUUGGUUUGUGUGUGCGAGUGUUUUAUUUCUAUACAAAUUUUGUUUGUUUCGUUGUUUUGGCAUUCCUGUGGUUCUUUUUUUUUCUCUCACCUUUGCCCUUUGUAACGUUAAAAGCCAGCCAUGGUGCCCCACGUGCUGGGUUUUGAGUUCUUCAGUAAAAGUGUGAGGAGACGAGGGUUUGCACUCUCUUCUGUUGAGACUUUGCGGGUUUCAGUGUCCACGAAAUUAACUUUGUACCAACCAGCUGUCUGCAGCAACAUUUCCAUAACCAUCUGCCAUUACUGUCUGGUAUUCCGUGGAGUGAAGAUUUUGAGCCUGUCCUAUUAUGUAGGGUUUUUGAAUGCAAUAAACUCUUCAAAAUCAA